AGCUUUGAAGCAUCUCUCUGUCCACGCGUGUGUGGGCUAGGAAAGGCUGAUGAAAAGCGAUUCUGUCGCCUCCCGGAAUUCCCCUCCCUGGCCCGAUCCUGCGUGGGGCUGAGCGGUACACCCCCUUGCCCCUCAGGGGGAAGAGCUCUUCCCCCAUCCAGCCACCCUCAGCAUCCAAGCUCUGCCUCCGUAUGUUUCCAGUCAUCAACAAGGUAGGAGGAGGAACCCGCUGGACAAUACAACGGUUGGUUUGCAGAUCCAACCAGGAAUGGGGUUUAAGAAGCGGAUCUUCAUAGCCGGGCGAAUGGGUACGGGGGCCGAGGCAUCCGCCCACUGAGCACUCCGGAAGGCUGGCUUACCUGAGACACACAGGUGAGGGUUUCUUUUUUGCAUGGUAACUGAAUUUGUACUGGUAGGUACAGGUGAAUAUGCACAGACCAGGUCUGCAGAGUGCAGGAUGUAAGUUCAAGUGUGUGUGUGUGUGUGUGUGUGUGUAAGAGAGACAGGGGAAAAAAACCCACGCUUUUGCUGCCUGAACACACAGACACUUCUCAUCUCCACCAGAGAAACAAUGAGAAUCUAUAAUGGCACUUAAUUUACAGGCUUAUAUUUCCCUGCUAAUAUAGUCUUGCUUUUCCUCUCUUUUUUUUAAAAAAAAAAAUAAUUUCAAACCCUUUUUGUGCUGAAAAUGUAUUUCUAAAUGUUUGUUUUUUCCUCCCUUGUGGGUGGGAGGGAGACACAUCCCCUCCCGAUUUCACAAACCGGAAAAACUGAUAUGCAAUGCAUUUGAUUUGACACUCCCAAAAUUACGUUCGAACAAGACAACCCCCCGGCUUUGGAGAGAAGGGCCAAAUAAGCUAUCCCCACCCCACCCUUCCGAUUCAUAUUCACUAAAGUUGAACCCUCGCCCCGAUGAGAUUUGAUUCUUAAAAGAACUCACCUUGUCAAACACCGGAGACUGUGAAAUACAGGGGCAAGGUGGUUCUCCUCCAAACGAUUUCAGAACUUAGAAAUAAAUUCUAGGUCUGUUCCUCUGGACCUGCUGAUAAGUAGAGCUAGAAAUGUACGUGUUUUGCCUUUCUGGCUGAUGUGAAGCAAUGUAGGUGCAUCAAUAUAGAUAUAUUGACACACAAAAAUCAGUUUAUGCGACAAAGAAGGCAGGAAUGGGAGGAUGAGUGGGUGGAAAGAUUUAUUUUACCUUUGGUGGGCAGGUGGCAACCGUAGUGCCUGGUCCAGCAAGGAUCCAGAAAGAUCUGGUCUUUUUUACGAAUACUCUUAAACGACUUCAGCUUCAAUGCUCCUUAAGCCAGGAACCACACACAGACACCCCCGAGACCUUAAGUGACUCUUCCUUCCUUUAAACCCCAUCGCUGACGCCACCACGCCGGCCGAGCCUUCAAAACCCUUGCCUCCAGUUCAGUUGAGAGGUGUGUAACCGCGACUCGCUUUCUCCCCCCUUAAAUACGGCAUUUGGUCCUGUCGCCACUGGACAGCACUGAGCUACACUGAGAGCCGUUGCGCCGUGGUUCCUUUGGCCACCAGCAGGAGGCGGUCUUGCGACAUCCACAAAUGCAGCCGCAGAUCUGGCCCAUGUUUAUCUGGUUGCAAGCCGAAUUUUGCAGACGUUCAAGGAAACUUGCCGCAGAAGGACCUCUGGAAUGGGGCUUGUUUUUGAGGUGGUUGGCUUAGUAGAAGGGCAGAGGCACAGGCCGUCAUUUCCUUUCCAGAGGCAACAGAGGAAGCCGUAGCGUACUGAGCCCAACUUUCGUCCCUCUAGAUCAGUACUGCUUACACGGACUGGCAGCAGCUCUCCGGGGUUUUGGGAAAGAGCUUUUCUGAAGCCAACCUGGAUUUGCUGCUGGGGACUGCAUCCAGAAUCUCCUGGGGCACGAGAUCGAAUCUUCGGCAACCAUUAGCAAUACAGCAAAGAGUCUAGCGGCGUUUUGGAGAGCCACUGGUUCCUCAACUCUACACCCCUCGUCUAAUACUCUCCAGGAAGCCCCCCAGGCAGAGCAUCAAGGCAAACCAUUGCCCGUCUUUGGCCCCCACAGUAACAAACUGGCAGUCUGAGGUAGAGUGCUCCUGAAUCUGGAGGAUCCACCUAGCUAUCCCUGGUCCUGAAUGGGGUAACUCUGCCCCUGAAGGACCAGGUGCGCAGCCUGGGAGUCAUUUUGGACUCACAGCUGUCCAUGGAGGCGCAGGUCAGUUCUGUGUCCAGGGCAGCUGUCUGCCAGCUCCAUCUGGUACGCAGGAUGAGACCCUCCCUGCCCGCAGACUGUCUGGCCAGAGUGGUGCAUGCUCUGGUUAUCUCCCGCUUGGACUACUGCAAUGCGCUCUACGUGGGGCUACCUUUGAAGGUGACCCAGAAACUGCAACUAAUCCAGAAUGCGGCAGCUAGACUGGUGACUGGGAGCGGCCGCUGAGACCGCAUAACACUGGUCUUGAAAGACCUCCAUUGGCUCCCAGUACGUUUCCGAGCACAAUUCAAAGUGUUGGUGCUGACCUUUCAAGCCCUAAACGGCUUCGGCCCAGUAUACCGGAAGGAGCGUCUCCACCCCCAUCGUUCAGCCCAGACACUGAGGUCCAGCGCCGAGGGCCUUCUGGCGGUUCCCUCCCUGCGAGAAGCGAGGUUACAGGGAACCAGGCAGAGGGCCUUCUUGGUGGUGGCACCUGCCCUGUGGAACGCCCUCCCAGCAGAUGUCAAGGCAAUAAACAACUAUUUUACUUUUAAAAGACAACUGAAGGCGGCCCUCUUUAGGGAAAUUUUUAAUGUCCGACGCUGUAUUGUUUUUAAUAUUCAGUUGGAAGCCGCCAGAGUGCCUGGGGAAACCCAGCCAGAUGGGUGGAGUAUAAAUAAUAAAUUAUUAUUAUUAUUAUUAUUAUUAUUAGGCAGAGAUAGGGAGGGAGAGAAACGAGAUCCCUGUUUUCUAUACAAUGUGGGGCGGGCGUUGGGCAAGACACUCUCCACGGACCCCGUUCCUGCAGCGAAUUGACCUCCUCAGCCCACCCAGGGACAAAAUGCGGGCAGGAUUCUUGCAUUGCAGGGGGUUGGACUAGAUGAUCUGUGGGGUCCCUUCCGACGCUACAAUUCUGGGGUUCCAACACCUUUGCCAACAGCUCAUCUUCAUCACGCCGGAAUCUUUUGGCACCAGAGAUUUAAAAAAUUUGGGAUAUGAUCCAUGAAGAGAUUAAAAAAUCGAUAAAGUUUUCAUAUAACCAAAGAGCAGAAGCGUACUUAUUAGGAAUUUUGAGUAAGGAUAUCCCCAAAGACAAAAUUGACAUAUUUCUAUAUGCAACAACAGGGACGCGGGUGGCGCUGUGGGUUAAACCACAGGGCCUAGGACUUGCCGAUCAGAAGGUCGGUGGUUCAAAUCCCCGUGAUGGGGUGAGCUCCCGUUUUUCGGUCCCUGCUCCUGCCAGCCUAGCAGUUCGAAAGCACGUCAAAGUGCAGGUAGAUAAAUAGGUACUACUCCGGCGGGAAGGUAAACGGCGUUUUUGUGUGCUGCUCUGGUUCGCCAGAAGCGGCUUAGUCCUGCUGGCCACAUGACCCGGAAGCUGUAUGCCGGCUCCCUCGGCCAGUAAAGCGAGAUGAGCGCCGCAACCCCAGAGUCGGCCACGACUGGACCUAAUGGUUAGGGAUCCCUUUACCUUUAUAUGCAACAACAGCAGCGAGAAUAUUGGUAGCCAGUUACUGGAAAGGAAAUAAUAUCCCAACAAAAAGGGAAUGGUUAAGUAAAUUAUGUGAGUGUCUGGAGUUAGCAAAACUGACGGAUUUAAUAAGGUAUAAACCCAAAAGUAUGGUACAGAAACAAUGGGAAUGUUUAAAUGAAUACUUACACAAACAGGGCUCAAAUACGAAAGUUUGGUUGCGCUUAGAUUAACCUUGUGAAGAAUAUAAAGAAUAUAAAGAAUACAAAGAUUUGAUGGACUAUGAAAGAACUUAAGGAAAGGAAGUGACUGAAGAACAGAAGUAAAGGUGAACUAGAAAUUAAGAGACGUGUGGUGAAUGCGGUGGAGGUCUUUUAUAAUAUUUUAACUAGGCUUUAUAUAUGGUACUGUUUAAAGUAUAAAUUUGGUAUUAUUGAUUAUGAAAAGUAUUUCCUUUCUUUUUCCUUUUCUUUUACCUUCUGUCUUUUUUUUUCUAGUCUGCAUUUUGGAAAACACGUAGACAAAUGUGUUUACAAUGUUAUGCAUGGAUUUUUGUUUCGGUUUUCUUUUUCUUUUCUUGUAAUAUUUUUUUAAAAGUAAAAAAAAAAAUCUACCGUAUUUUUCGCCCUAUAGGACGCACUUUUUCCCCUCCAAAAAUGAAGGGGAAACGUGUGCGCGUCCUAUAGGGCGAAUGCAGGCUUUCGCUGAAGCCUGGAGAGCGAGAGGGGUCGGUGCGCACGAGGCUUGCGGGCAGCAGCCUGCAGCCUGAAGCACGGGGCGAGCUGCAGAUUUUUUCUUUAUUCCCCCCCCCCAAAAAAAAAACUAGGUGCGUCCUAUGGGGCGGUGCGUCCUAUGGGGCAAAAAAUAUGGUAAAUCCUGCUGGAUGGGACCAAGAGAGGCCUUCUCUCUUCUCCGACUGCUGCCAAUAAGCUGCAUCCGGCAUAUCACAAAGAGGCCUUGAACGUCCCUAAUCCUGGCCUCCUGGCAGCUGGUCUUCAGAGGUAGACUGCCCCUGGGUGUGGAGGCUCAACACAGCCACCUUCCCCUCAUCAGUCAUUUCGGAACGGUACACAGUCAGUCCCUACCCAGAGAAAACGAGAGCAAUGUUCCAGGCCGCCUUCCGAAGCGAUUUGUUGAUUUUUAUCAGCCUUAUAAAUGAGAGUUUGUCGUAAAUGGGGUACAUAUAUAUUUAUAUUCCCCUUCAGCGAUAAGGGUACAAAACGUCUCGGAAAGCAAGUUCGUUUCCGGAAACAAAUGAACAAGCUCUGGAAAUUGCAAAAAGCCAGUUGGAGAUUUUUAAAAACUUUUUUUAAAACAAAGAGAAGGGGUUAUAAAUUGCUUUUUCGAAGCUGCCAGUUGUGGAAGUGGGAGUGCGUGGCGGGAAGACGCAGACGCUUGGGUCCUGCCGCUUGGGCUUCAGCACAGUCGCUCUGAACCACUCGCUUGGCUGAGGAAAUUGCGCAGAGUGUUCCCAUUGUCUGCAUAGGGGAUCAUAGAGUUGGAACAAUUAAUAAUAAUAGGUAAAGGUAAAGGGACCCCUGACCAUUAGGUCCAGUUGUGGUCGACUCUGGGGUUGCGGCGCUCAUCUCGCUUUAUUGGCCGAGGGAGCCGGCGUACAGCUUCCGGGUCAUGUGGCCAGCAUGACUAAGCCGCUUCUGGAGAACCAGAGCAGCGCACAAAAACGCUGUUUACCUUCCCGCCAGAGCGGUACCUAUUUAUCUACUUGCAUUUUGACGUGCUUUCAAACUGCUAGGUUGGCAGGAGCAGGGACCGAGCAAUGGGAGCUCACCCCGUUGCAGGGAUUCGAACCGCCGACCUUCUGAUUGGCAAGUCCUAGGCUCUGUGGUUUAACCCACAGCGCCACCCGCGUCCCCUCAUAGGGAAUCAUAGAGCUGGAAUAAUAAUAAUAAUAAUAAUAAUAAUAAUAAUAAUAAUAAUAAUAUAAUAUUUAUACCCCACUCAUCCAGCUGGGUUUCCCCAGCCACUCUGGGCGGCUCCUCACAGAAUUAAAAGCACAACAGGACAUCAAACAUUAAAAACUUCCCUAAACGGGGCUGCCUUCAGAUGUCUUCUAAAAGUCAGAUAGUUGUUUAUUUCCUUGACAUCUGCUGGGAGGGCAUUCCACAAGGCGGGUGCCACCACCAAGAAGGCCCUCUGCCUGGUUCCCUGUAGCUUUGCUUCUCGCAAUGAGGGAACUGCCAGAAGGCCCUCAGAGCUGGACCUCAGUGUCCGGGCUGAACAAUGGGGGUGGAGAUGCUCCUUCAGGUAUACUGGGCCGAGGCCAUUUAGAGCUUGAAAGGUCAGCACCAACAAAAGUCCAAAUAAAGAAUAUCUGAUUGCCAGGUAUAUCUGGUAAAGAAUAUCUGAUUACCAUAUUUGCCAGGUUUGUGAUGAGGAUUGUCUUGCAAAUGAUGGCUGUGUUGCAUAUGUCCCGAAGGAACAUAAAAUCGUAUAAAAAGUGCCUGCAGGUUCCAGUCCUUGUAAAAAUCUCAAAUUGUACGUAAUUUCCCCCAUUGUAGCGAUGUUCCAGGGCAAGUGGUACCAAGCGUAAGAUUUUGCGCCAUUUUCCAGUGGAACACUUGAAAUUGCUUGGCAAAAAUGUUUGUGUUAGAGAUGAAAUUCACACCCAAAUGCUAGUGAAUUUUCACGGGGACUUUCUUUUAAGAAAUAAAUCUGCAGACUGAUAUGGAAAUGAGGAGAGAGGAACUUAGAGGAAAGCAGAAAAAGAAACAUUCCUGCAAAUUUACCUGUCCCGAGUGGCUAGUAACCCGCUAUUUUCUCCUUGUAGAUUUCCUGGAUCGAUGAGCUCUUGGCUCUCAGGUUUUGAAACGAUGGCCGAUAGUCUCGCCGGCACUUUGCCUGCCCUGGCCAGCGCUGUCCGCCCAGACCCCACCUUGACCUUGGAGCAGAAAGCAGCCUUCGUCUUCGUCUUCUUCCUCUUCGUCUUCCUGGGGCUCCUGAUCGUCCGCUGCUUCCGGAUCCUGCUGGAUCCCUAUCGAAGCAUGCCCUCGUCCACAUGGACCGAUUACAUGGAGAAAGAUACGUUCGAUUACCGGCUGGCCUGAUGGACGGACCAUUACUCUUUUUUUAAGGCUGUUUCAGAGACAUACGCAGGGCUUCCAAAGUUGGAAUCUGCCCCCUUUCCUCCCGGAAGUCAUGGUAGGUCGUGUCAAACCUCCACAAACAGGGAUAGUCUACCUCUGAAUGCCAGCUGCUGGGUGAAUGUUCUCGCCUUCGCGGUCCAAUCCACCGUGGCUUAUAUUUAUGUACAUCAUUUGUAACCCAGCCGAUUAACCAUGUCCUCUGGGCAAUGAUAACAAGAGAAGCUUAAAACUUUUUUUUUAAAAAAAACUACAACACUAAUCUUUAAACCAAAAACAAAGGGGGAAGAGUAGAACUAAAACCAAAACCACGCCACAAACCCUAAAUAGCGCAGUGCCUUUUUCCCCAACAUCAGCCGUUCCUGGAUUCGAGAUAACCUGGCCACAGCGAGUCGUGUAGUUUCCGAUUGCUGCAAUGAGGUUUGUGUGGGGCUUCCCCUUGAAGACUUUCUGGAAGCCUCAGCUGGGAAGUCAGAAACGUGGCCCCGAGGCGCCUGGAAUUUGUGGGGCUUGGAUCAACUCACACCAUCUGUAGAGUUUCUGGCAAACUGUGCUUUUGGUCCAGGGCAGAGAGGUGGCGAAAUGCAGUGUUAACCGGCGGAACUCACUGCCUCAUGAAGACCGUAAUGACUCCUGGGCUGUUGGUGGCUUUUAAAGAGAACUGGGCACGUUCAUCCAGAGGAGGAGCGGUCUCUCAAAGGUCAGGAAUCAAGCGGCGCCUCUUGUGAGACCUGGCCCCCAUGGGGAUCUUUCCCUGGGGACCGCAAAGUCUCUCAGCCGCCCGCUUGGUCCUGAGGCAGCGAGAACAAAGCUGACACUGGAAGAUUCAAGGCAGGCGAAAGCAAAGACUUUUUCACACAGAGCAGGGAUAAUUCGUUCCCAAGAGAGACAGGAAUAAGGAUAAGGAAUUAGCCUUAUCCCUCCAUGACUUAGCAGCUACCAGUAGUCACAGCUCUGGGCUACUGCCAGUCUCUGAACACCAGUUUCUGGGACUUGCAAGCGAGGAGAGCGCUCCCGUGUUCGGAUCCUGAUCGACGCCUUCCCAGAAGAAGGAUGUCGUUGGCCAUCGCAACAACAGGAUGCAGGAAUAGUUGGGCUUUUUGGUUUGACUCUGCAAACAAGAGCUCCUGAACUCGACGUGCAGCUAUUAUUUUCAUUCUUUAUUAAAUCUGUAUGCCGCCUUCCAACCGUAGGUCUCACAACAUAAAACCGCAAUAUAAAAAACGCAAAAUGCGUAAUACAAAUUAGAACAAAAAGACACCAAAAAUUCACAGCACAUUUAAAAGGGCAUCGGAUGUCAGUCAGCCAAGGGCCUGGUUAAAAAGGAACGUUUUUGGCUGGCGCCUAAAGAUAUAUAUGGAAGAAGCCAGCCGAACCUCCUUGGGGAGAGCCUUCCACAGAUGGGGAGCCACUGCAAAAAAGGCCCUGUUCUCGUGUUGCCACCCUGCGGACCUCUAUUGAAAGAGGCACUGAUCACAGGGUCUGGGUUGAUUCAUAUGGGGAGAGGCAUUCCUUGAGGAACAGCGGUCCUCAGCUAUUUAAGGCUUUAUGGCAUGGGUAGGCAAACUAAGGCCCGGGGGCCGGAUCCGGCCCAAUCGCCUUCUCAAUCCGGCCAGCAGACAGUCUGGGAAUCAGUGUGUUUUUACCUGAGUAGAAUGUGUGCUUUUAUUUAAAAUGCAUCUCUGGGUUAUUUGUGGGGCAUAGGAAUUCAUUAUUCUUCAUUUUUUCAAAAUAUAGUCCGGCCCCCCACAAGGUCUGAGGGACAGUGGGCCGGCCCCCUGCUGAAAAAGGUUGCUGACCCCUGCUUUAUGGGUCAACCCCAGAAUUGGGCAUGGGAACUAAUUGGCAGCUAGUGAGGCCAGGAGCGGUGCAAUAUGCUCAAACCGUCUGGCCCCCGUGAGCAACUUGACUGCUGAAUUCGGCACCAGUUGAAGUUUCCGAACCGUCUUCAGAGGCAGCCCUAUAAUGCAUUGAUGUACGAAGGUUCAGAACAGGUAACAGAAAUUACUUCUUCACACAGCGCAGGGUGGAACUAUGGAACUCCCUGCCACCACAAUGGAUGGAUUUAAAAGACAAACUCGUGGAAGUGAAGGCUACCAGUGGCUACUAGGUAUGAUGGCCGUGCUCAGACACAAAAGCUUCUGAAAAUCGCAGAAGAGUGUUGCUCUGCUGCUUAAAUGCUGCUUGCGUGUUUCCCACGAGAGAAUAGGAUGCUGGAAUAAAAUGGACCACUGGCCUGAUCUCAGGACAUGGUUUCUUCUGAUAUCCUUAUGGAACCUCCAGGUCCAGUGGCAGUCUAUCUUGAUUCCAAAAUGGGAAGAGGAUGCUGGACCAGGUGGGCCAGAUCCAGCUACAAUCCGAUGUUCUUAAAAUAAUGCCCCUACUUACCUCUGACAGCGACGCCGCAGGAAAAGGGGGAGUCUGUGGAAAGAGGAAUUUUCCUGGUCGUCAACCAAACUGCACCAGACCAGAACUUCUACUAGAGGGCAACACCGCAGCCAGAAGAACGAGACUUCUAGAGAUCCCGAAAUGUCUUUGAUGGAUCAUUAUGCGAGACUCGAAUGAGGGAAUGAUCCGAUCAGCACGUAUUUAAGCUUUGGAGGAGCGUGGCAAAUAAUAGCUGCCAUGCCAUGCAGAAAUUAUUGUUAAGUAAGACCAGAAGAGGGGGGUGGCUUGUGACAGAAAUGUACUCUGGGAAUGAACAGAUCUGAAGAG